UGGAAAGCAGCCGAUUAACUGAGGUCACGUGACACAUAGAAUUACAAACUUUCAAUCGGAAAAGAAGAUCAUCAUUUCAACUCCGAUCAGCAAACUGAAAGAAACACAGAUAAUGUAAAACACAUUGAAGGAUGAGCACAUGGGCCAAGAAUUCACAACCCUCCAUGAAUGGCACCUAUGGCACCAUGGACGACAUUGAAGCACGGGACCACCAAGUGUCUCAGUCUUCUAUCCUAUACCUCCUCCAGGAAGCCUCAAAGUUGGCACUGCCUGCCAAAGCACUGGACUUCCCCGAGUCAGGCUCAGAUAAGGUUCCAUGUGAAGACUCUGAACAAAGACUGCGCCCCACAGGUGGGCUUUGCCCCUCUCAGUUCCCCGAUGGUAAGAGCGGAGAGGGCGCCUCACAGCCGAGCUUCUCGGGCUCGUUCUCCCUCCUGCAUGCCUGUGAGGGCAGCAGUCCUUGGGAGGUGAUGAGUCUGAUCAACCAACAGUGUGAGCGGCUACUUCACUCAGGACAGGCCGAUGGAGAGGAGGAGGAUUCCACCCCCGCCGUAUCAACUAAUAAUGACCCUAAUAAUGACCCUUCUGACAGCCUCUUGUGUCCGAGCAGCAACAGCAUCCAUGCAGAGGAGUCGGAGUGCCGAGAGAAUUCUGUCUGCUCCGCUCCUGCCCUCUCACUCCCUGUCUAUGAAAUAAGGGACCACUGCAGUGCUGUGUUUCAUAGUGGGGAAACGGACAUUGUUAAGGAAGAGGCCCUCGUUGUCUGGAGCAUAGAGACCAAUCCAGUGCAGUCCGCUCAGGACGUAGGUGAUCGAGCAGCAGCGCCAGUGGAUUUAUCUGAUCACAAUUACAGCUUCUCUGUUAGCACCAGAUGCAGGCUGCCACACCCCUGCCAGGAUCAGCGCGCGGAGCCGCCAUGCUCAGAGGUAGAGCUGGUCGCCUCACCUGGCACAAAGAGCCUGCCACAAUCAGAUCAGAGGCCCGCGUCAGACUGCCAAGUGGACCGCAAACUUUCCCACAGUCCGUCCAGGAAGGGCGCUGAACCCCAUCCAAGCCCCGGCUCUGUGAUGGAGACGGAGCCUGGCCUGACUCUGGCAGCGCACGAGGCUUUCAACCCGAGCCCUGGCUUCUCCUUAGACUGCAAUAACAACGUGAGACCGCACGGCCCCGCGCAGACCAAGCCUCCCAGAGUGCGCGAGCCCACGAGGUCGGGGAUUUCCAGCGCUACACUGGAGCUCCGCUUACCCGUCGGCCUGCCCGCGCCGGACCAUAAAAGUCUGCGUGACCAGGAAGAGGGGGAGGCGGCCAAGGCCCAGCCCCAACCCCGGGCGGCGGCGGCAGCCACGGCCACGACGGCUGCGGCGGCCCACCCGUCAGACAUCCAGCGGAGCAGGACACCCAGGAAGCAGGCACACCCCUGCCGCAGCGCGGACCCGCGUGACCCCGACCUCCAGGGAGUCGUCUUUAGCAUGAACACCACGCUGGAUGACAGCAGCAACCAGUGUCGCCUACUCAUAACCUCAAACUAUAGCAAGGAGUUGCGCAAGAGGGCCUGCGGAGGCCGGAGGUGCCGGGCCCUGCGUCUGCCCAGGGAGGCCAGCAGCUCGGAGGAGGAGAGCGAGUCCUUCAGCCUCUCUAAGUCCAAGACGUGCGCGUCGUGCUGCACCAGGAAGACGCCGCUGUGGAGGGACGCGGAGGACGGAACGCCUCUCUGUAACGCCUGCGGGAUCAGGUAUAAGAAGUACCGUGUGCGCUGUACAAACUGCUGGCACAUCCCCAGGAAAGAUGGCAAGUCCAGGUCCCAGUGCUUCAAGUGUGGGGACGUGCUUCGGCUCACCUCCACCCACAAACGUGCCGGCUGGUAGGGUGUCCUCUCAGCCCGAGGUCGGGCUCCUUUAGUGGUCACCUCCCCUCUUCUCCUCUCCUCUCCUCUCCUCUCUUCUCCUCUCCUCUCCUCUCCUCUCCUCUCCGCUGAUGGAUAUAGCCCAGGAUAAGUGUAAAUUAACUUGACACCCACCUCAGUUAGCGCCCAUUACACUUCGCAGUAUUACAUCAGCUGCAAAUCAGCAGUAAAGCGUGAAGGGAAAAUUGGAGACGAGAGGAUACUGUUUGAAACUAAGAGACGAAAGGCAAGUAGGCCUGUCAGUACAAACUCCAAAAUAUUAUUUGACAACUGCACACUCCAGACUGGGCCUGGGAUCACCCUGACUGAAAUUAGAUUACUCGCUUUUCUCUCUCUCUCUCUCAUACGCACACACACACACACACACACACACGCACUUUUCUCUCUUUCUGUCAUAAACACAUGCACACACGCAUGCGUGCACACAUUUUUCAGGAAUGAACUUGGACUGGGUAUUUUGUGCAAUGCUGUUCCCUAUUUUAUGCUUGAUAGAACAUACACUGAAGUCCCUGAAGUGGCUGUGUGUAUCGGAAGAUCGUUACGAAGGCUUUGGAGAGCCCUCUCAUACUGGUGAUCUUUGAUGGCAAACAGAUGGUUAAAAAAAUACAGCGCCUCUAAUAAUAUGUUAAGUUAUUUUUUUUAUAUUCGUUGUCAUGGAGUUUGUUGAAAUUUAGUUUAGUUUUGCUUGUUUUGUGAGUAACAUUAACAGUGUUUGUUUUGUUAUUAACUGAUAUGAAAAUAUGAAUCCUGUGGUAAUAUGCCCACAUUUGCAAGAUUGCAAAUUAAAUUAUAUUUGA